UGAGGGAGAAGGUCCUCUCCAGGAUAGGGGCAGACUGAGCCAUUACCUUGGCUUUCUGGAGCUUCUGCUGUGUGGCCAGCAUCGUGCAGGAGAUGUGGACAUCCCUGAGAUUGUCCUUGCCUGCAGGGAGCUAGCCAUCUAAUUGGAGAGACUGGGCUAAGAUUCUUAAAAUUGACAGAGACCACCAGGGAGAGCUAAGAUGCUAGGAUGGAGCUAAGAGGGAAGUGGGGAAGGUGGUCUCUCUGAUAGCAGGUGGGCAGAGGAGGGCUUGUCUUGCUCUGGGUCAUGGUUAGGGCUGGGUCCCUUCUUAUUUAUUUAUUUAUUUAUUUUGAGAUGGAGUCUUGCUUUGUUGCCCAGGCUGGAGUGCAGUGGUGUGAUCUCUGCUCGCUGCAACCUUUGCCUCCCUGGUUCAAACGAUUCUUUUGCCUCAGCCUCUUGAGUAGCUGGGAUUACAGGCACUCACUACCACGCCUGGCUAAUGUUUGUAUUUUUAGUAGAGACGGGGUUUCACCGUGUUGGCCAGGCUAGUCUCGAACUCCUGACCUCAAGUGAUCCACCUGCCUCAGCUUCCCGAAGUGUUGGGAUUACAGGCGUGAGCCCCAGCGCCCCGCCCCUUCUUUUUUUUUUUUUUUCUUGAGACAAGGUCUCACUCUGUCACCCAGGCUGGAGUGCAGUGGUACCAUCUCGGCUCAAUGCAACUUCUGCCUCCCGGGCUCACGCGAUUCUCCCACCUCAGCCUCCCAGUAGCUGGGACUACAGGCAUGCCUCCCCAUGCCUGGCUAAUUUUUGCAGUUUUUGUGGAGCUGGGAUUUCACAAUGUUGCCCAGGCUAGUUUUAAACUCCUGGACUGAAGUGAUCCUCCCACCUCGGCCUCCCAAAGUGCUGGAAUUAUAGGCAUGAGCCGCCCACCAUGCCCAGCCAGUGGGGUGCGUUAGGAUUGGGCCUUCUAACUCUGUCCCUACCUCUCUCCAGAUGCCACAGGGCCCAGUGGGCUCCGGGUCCUGCCCCAGGGCUACGGCUGGAACCUGCUGUAUGGCUCCCUGCUGCUGGGCCUUGUGGGUGGGGUCUGCACCCUGGGAGCCGGCCUCUACGCCCGGGCCUCAUUCCUCACAUUCUUGCUGGUCUCCGGCUCCCUGGCCUCCGUGCUCAUCAGCUUUGUGGCUGUGGGGCCGAGGGACAUCCCCUUGACCCCUCGGCCUGGCCCCAAUGGCUCCUCCCUGCCGCCCCGGCUUGGCCACUUCACCGGCUUCAACAGCAGUACUCUGAAGGACAACUUGGGUGGAUCCUCCUAGCUGGCUAUGCUGAGGACUACACCACGGGAGCCAUGAUGAAUUUUGCCAGCGUCUUUGCUGUCCUCUUUAACGGCUGUACAGGCAUCAUGGCUGGGGCCAACAUGUCAGGGGAGCUGAAGGACCCCAGCCGGGCGAUCCCUCUGGGCACCAUCGUCGCCGUCGCCUACACCUUCUUCGUCUAUGUCCUGCUUUUCUUUCUCUCCAGCUUCACUUGUGACAGGACCCUGCUGCAGGAAGACUAUGGGUUCUUCCGUGCCAUCAGUCUGUGGCCCCCACUGGUGUUGAUCGGAAUCUAUGCCACGGCGCUCUCAGCAUCCAUGAGCUCGCUCAUUGGUGCCUCCCGCAUCCUCCAUGCCCUGGCCCGGGAUGACCUCUUUGGAGUGAUCUUGGCGCCGGCCAAGGUUGUGUCCCGAGGGGGAAACCCCUGGGCGGCUGUACUGUAUUCUUGGGGCCUGGUGCAGCUGGUUCUUCUGGCCGGGAAGCUAAACACGCUGGCUGCUGUGGUCACUGUCUUCUACCUGGUGGCCUAUGCUGCCGUGGACCUGUCCUGCCUGAGCCUGGAGUGGGCCUCGGCUCCCAACUUCCGCCCCACCUUCAGCCUGUUCUCCUGGCACACCUGCCUGCUGGGGGUGGCCUCCUGCCUGCUCAUGAUGUUCCUCAUCAGUCCUGGCGCGGCCGGUGGCUCCCUGCUCCUCAUGGGUCUGCUGGCUGCCCUGCUCACCGCGCGAGGAGGCCCCAGUAGCUGGGGCUAUGUCAGCCAGGCCUUGCUUUUCCACCAGGUGCGUAAGUAUCUGCUCCGUCUGGACGUCCGGAAGGAUCACGUGAAGUUCUGGCGGCCCCAGCUGCUGCUCCUGGUGGGGAACCCCCGGGGCGCCCUGCCUCUGCUGCGGUUGGCCAACCAGCUUAAGAAGGGGGGGCUCUAUGUGCUGGGCCACGUCACCCUGGGAGACCUUGACGCCCUGCCCUCGGACCCUGUACAGCCACAGUACGGGGCAUGGCUCAGCCUGGUGGACCGUGCCCAGGUGAAGGCUUUUGUGGAUCUAACCCUCUCACCCUCUGUGCGCCAGGGGGCUCAGCAUCUGCUGCGAAUCUCCGGCCUCGGUGGCAUGAAGCCCAACACGUUGGUCCUGGGUUUCUAUGAUGAUGCUCCCCCGCAGGACCAUUUUCUGACAGACCCAGCUUUCUCUGAGCCUGCAGACAGCACCAGGGAGGGCAGUUCCCCAGCUCUGAGCACCCUGUUCCCUCCUCCCCGGGCUCCUGGCAGCCCCCGGGCUCUCAGUCCCCAGGACUACGUGGCCACGGUGGCCGAUGCCCUCAAGAUGAACAAGAAUGUGGUGCUGGCCCGGGCCAGCGGGGCCUUGCCCCCUGAGCGGCUGAGCCGGGGGUCUGGGGGCACCUCUCAGCUGCACCACGUGGACGUGUGGCCCCUCAACCUGCUGCGGCCCCGGGGUGGGCCCGGCUACGUGGAUGUCUGUGGCCUCUUCCUGCUGCAGAUGGCAACCAUCUUGGGCAUGGUGCCUGCUUGGCAUAGCGCCCGGCUCCGGAUCUUCCUGUGCCUGGGGCCUCGGGAGGCGCCUGGGGCGGCCGAGGGGCGGCUGCGGGCACUGCUGAGCCAACUGAGGAUCCGGGCUGAGGUGCAGGAGGUGGUGUGGGGCGAGGGGGCCAGGGCCGGGGAACCCGAGGCAGAGGAGGAAGGGGACUUUGUGAACAGUGGGCGGGGAGACGCGGAGGCAGAGGCCCUGGCACGCAGUGCCAACGCCCUGGUUCGGGCCCAGCAGGGGCGCGGCACAGGAGGAGGGCCGGGUGGGCCGGAGGGUGGGGAUGCUGAGGGCCCCACCACAGCCCUCACCUUCCUGUACUUGCCUCGGCCGCCCGCCGAUCCUGCCCGAUACCCCCGCUACCUGGCGCUACUGGAGACUCUAACCCGAGACCUGGGCCCCACGCUGCUGGUUCAUGGGGUCACUCCAGUCACCUGCACUGAUCUCUGAUGCCCCUGCCUCCAGGGCUAGGUAGAGAGGGCCCAGGCAGGUGGCCUAUCCUGAUCCUUGGAGGAGGAGGAAGAGGAGGAGGGAAGCACUGUGUCCCUUGGCCCUGCCCUUGGGACGUGGAGCCCAGGGGAGGUUUGAAGGGGAUCCUGGGCUUGGGCAUCACGCCCACCUUCUUUGGCACAGGGACCCCAGCACUUACUCUGGGUGGCUGUCCCCACCGUGCAGGGGAGGGAGUCCGCAGCCUCCCUUCACUGGUGCCUUGACGCUAGGGGCCAGGCCUCCUCCGUGACUCUGGGCUACCUCAGUUUCCCCACUUUGGCCAGACUCACCGACCCACUGGGGUGGUGAUGUUUUCGUUCUGUUUUAUUUUUCUAACUGCUGACCAUGAAUAAAAGACCAAAACACUA